AUGCUACCUGGCUUGAUCCUGGCUGCUGCGGCCACCCGUGGCCUCUGCGGUCCGUCCAGCCUCGCAGCCAGAGCGCCGUGCCCUCGCCGCCAGCUGCUGUCCUACGUCGCCUUCACCGCCGGCCGAGGUGCGGCACCGACGCCCAUCCACGCGCUCGUGGCCGAUGUGUGGCAGCCAGUCGGACAUUUGGCUGCUGGGACGCCGGAGGCGGCUGACGGGAGCGUGGCUGCGCUUGUCCGCGCCGCAACGCUCCAGCGGCGGCUCAUCGCGGAGCACGCCUGCCGCCUCUACCCGCCGCUCCGCACAGAGAAGAGGGAGCACGGGCUGAUGCGGGGCGUCCGUCUCGCCAUCGAGGCGCCUCCUCCCUCGGCUGGCGGAGCGGCGACCUACCUUCCGCUCCCCGACUGUGAGCUUGGAGAGGCGACGCCGGCAGAGAUGCUGCGCUGCGGCUUUGCAGGCGCUCCUGGCUCCGGCGGCGGCAUCUACGCCGACUAUGCAAGACGAGACUCCCCGCCCUACGACCGGCUGGCGGUGCGGCGGCGCCUCGCGGAGCAGACCAAGGCGGUAUUGCUCGUCGAAGUUGAGUGGCUCUGGCGGUAUCUCGUCAUGCCGUGCGGCUGCAUCAUCGCCGCGUGGGUCGGGCGAUGGACGUUGCCGACGGUCGAGCCCAGCAGUGCGGCCUCGUAUCGUGCCGUGAGAAGUGCUGUGGCGAGGAUGCAGUACGGCUACAUGGAUCAGCAGCAGAACUACCAGCAGAGCUACGGCGGUGUGCAGUGGCGCAUUGACGCUAGCUACGGCGUCCAGGCCAUGCCUCAAUUCCGCUUUCCCGCUUUGCCGAAAUAUUGGGCUCUGCCCUACACGGUACGCAACGGCGAGGACCAGGUGUUGAGUCGCUGGAACAUGAUGAACGAGGCGUUGACCGUCUCGCGGGUGCAGUGCAUGGUGAGGGUCCUCGCCGACGGCACGCCCACUCUGGUCGGGUGUGGCAAGGCGCCAUCGCUAUAUCGCGCCUUCGGCGGCCCUUGGAGCCCGCUCUACAAGGGCGAGAGCGUGCUGCUGUCCGACGGCCUGCAGGUGAGCCUGGACUGCAAUAACCCUGAGGGCGCGGUCUUCACCUGCUUCGACGAGAGCGGAGGCCGGCAGGGCGGCUACGACCAGCAGGGCUACACACAGCAGGGCGGCUACCAGGGCUGGACCUCGGCGGUCGACCCGGCGAGCGGGCAGACGUACUACGUGAAUGACGAGACGGGACAGAGCCAGUGGGAUCCGCCCUGGUAG